UUAAACUGCCCACAAAUGGGCGGGCCCCAACAGCCACCCAAUCAGGAGCCAGUUUGGAAACGUGUUGGGCUGAACCAGUUAAGGAACACGUGGACUUUCUGCAGCCAAAAGGCUAAUGAUUGCUGUCACCUAGCAAUGCUGGCCCAGCGGAGUUACGUGCCAGUUUGGGCCCUCCCAUGCCCAUAGGUACCCGGCCUGUUUACGUGUAAUUUCUGCUAUUCUCUGGGCAGGGCCAGCAGAUGCCUUUGGGCUUCACAUGGGUAUUUGUCCCAGAGCAAAAGCAUUACCCCGGGGCGUUGUGCCCAAGUGAAGUCUACGGAAGUGUUUUACCCAAUUGCCCCAAAUACACAAAUCUGCACAUUGGGAAGAUAAUUAAUAUUUAUAAAGUGGCAACAAGUUCCACUGAGCUGUAAAUUGCUGCGCGGCCAUUGGCAUCACCGUAUGCGCAGCCCAAACACUGGCGUGGGGGUUCCGAUGCUUCAUGGGAAAUAAGGAGACGGAAUGGAAUCCGGCUCUUUGUGCCAACCCAUACCCUGGUGCCCCCCUGCUUGCUCACGCCGUACCCUGGUGCCCCCCUGCUUGCUCACGCCGUACCCUGGUGCCCCCCUGCUUGCUCACGCCGUACCCUGGUGCCCCCCUGCUUGCUCACGCCGUACCCUGGUGCCCCCCUGCUUGCUCACGCCGUACCCUGGUGCCCCCCUGCUUGCUCACGCCGUACCCUGGUGCCCCCUGCUUGCUCACCCCGUACCCUGCGGCCCCCCCUGCUUGCUCACACCAUACCCUACAGCCCCCAGGUUGCUUGUGUACAUUCAACAUAUGGCUCUUGGGAACACUGAGAGGUGUAGUUCUCUCAACAGAGACCCAGCAUUAAGCCCUGCUGUUGAACUGUAUGUCACAAGGCAGUGCCCCUCCUUUAUAGAAAUCUGCCCAGUUUGCUCCUUGUAACCUGCUGAGGCCUGAGCGGGUACCUGGGCACCAUCUGUGAGACACAGGUAACCUGACCUCCCCUCUCAGGUAUCAGCCUCUCCUCUUUCCCCUCCAGAGGGCUGUGACUGGCUGGGGCACCCGCAUCAAUAAUACAUGGUAAUAGUUAGCCAGGUACUCAGCAGCCCCACAGGAACGGACAGGACUGGGCCACAACCAGCCAACAAGGUUCCAAAGGUAAAUCCCUAACCAGGUAAGUUCUACUCUUUGUACCAAGGAGUCUCUAUUGCUAAUUCCCAUUCCACCUUAAUUCUACUCUUGGUACCAAGGAGUCUCUAUUGCUAAUUCCCAUUCCACCUUAAUUCUACUCUUUGUAUCAAGGAGUCCCUAUUGCUAAUUCCCAUUCCACCUUAAUUCUACUCUUUGUAUCAAGGAGUCUCUAUUGCUAAUUCCCAUUCCACCUUAAUUCUACUCUUUGUACCAAGGAGUCUCUAUUGCUAAUUCCCAUUCCACCUUAAUUCUACUCUUUGUAUCAAGGAGUCUCUAUUGCUAAUUCCCAUUCCACCUUAAUUCUACUCUUUGUACCAAGGAGUCUCUAUUGCUAAUUCCCAUUCCACCUUAAUUCUACUCUUUGUAUCAAGGAGUCCCUAUUGCUAAUUCCCAUUCCACCUUAAUUCUACUCUUUGUAUCAAGGAGUCCCUAUUGCUAAUUCCCAUUCCACCUUAAUUCUACUCUUUGUAUCAAGGAGUCCCUAUUGCUAAUUCCCAUUCCACCUUAAUUCUACUCUUUGUAUCAAGGAGUCCCUAUUGCUAAUUCCCAUUCCACCUUAAUUCUACUCUUUGUAUCAAGGAGUCCCUAUUGCUAAUUCCCAUUCCACCUUAAUUCUACUCUUUGUACCAAGGAGUCUCUAUUGCUAAUUCCCAUUCCACCUUAAUUCUUCUCUUGGUACCAAGGAGUCUCUAUUGCUAAUUCCCAUUCCACCUUAAUUCUACUCUUUGUAUCAAGGAGUCUCUAUUGCUAAUUCCCAUUCCACCUUAAUUCUACUCUUUGUAUCAAGGAGUCUCUAUUGCUAAUUCCCAUUCCACCUUAAUUCUUCUCUUGGUACCAAGGAGUCUCUAUUGCUAAUUCCCAUUCCACCUUAAUUCUACUCUUUGUAUCAAGGAGUCUCUAUUGCUAAUUCCCAUUCCACCUUAAUUCUACUCUUUGUACCAAGGAGUCUCUAUUGCUAAUUCCCAUUCCACCUUAAUUCUACUCUUUGUACCAAGGAGUCUCUAUUGCUAAUUCCCAUUCCACCUUAAUUCUUCUCUUGGUACCAAGGAGUCUCAUUUGCCUUACUACUCACACAGACCAUGUUGGGCUACAGGUUGCCCAUAUCAGACACCCCCAUAACUCCUCUCCUGCUCCCCCUCAGCAGGAUGGUCUCCCCCGCCAUAGCGCUGGCCUUCAUCCCCUUCAUCAUCACUCUGAUCAUCCGGUACCGCCACUACUUCCUGCUGUUCUACCGGGCCGUGUUGGUGCGCCGGUUCCAGGACUACACGACGGGCGUUGCUAGGGAGGAGAGGGCCUUCCAGUACGUGCUGACCCACGCCAUCCCCGGGGACCCCCAACAUGUGCUCAACACCUUCGACCAGUACUGCUCCCACUGCGAGCACCUCAGCAACAUUGGGCCCCACAAAGAAUUGUACAUUUGCUCAGGGAAAAUUCUGGACCGGCUGAUCUAUGAGAACGCGCCGCUCAAUGUACUGGAACUGGGCACUUACUGCGGCUACGCCACCAUCAUCAUUGCCCAGGCCUUGCCCUUGGGCGCCCGCCUCUACACCAUAGACUUCAACCCUACCAAGGCAGCCGUGGCAGAGAAGGUGAUCCGAUUGGCUGGGUUUGACGAUGACACGGUGGAGCUGCUGGUGGGCCCCUCGGAUGAGCUGAUCCCGCAGCUGAAGGACAAACACUCGGUACAGAAACUGGACUUUAUCUUUAUGGACCAUGGGAAGCGCUGUUACCUGCGGGACCUGAAGCUGCUGGAGGAACUGGGGCUACUGCAGGAGGGAACCAUCAUCCUGGCUGACAACGUCCUGUUCCCCGGGGCCCCCCACUUCCUGCAGUACAUCAAGACCUCGGGCAAAUACCACUGCCGAAUGCACAGGGGCAGCCUGGAGUAUUUCCGCUAUAUCCGCGACGCCAUGGCAGAACUCACAUACACCAAACUGAAAUGAGCCCCUGUGCCCGGGCCUGGCACACUGACUGGGGGCAAGAGGGCAGCCAUCCCUGGCACACUGACUGACUGGGGGGGCAAGAGGGCAGCCAUCCCUGGCACACUG